AGUCCCUGCCCAUGGCCGAGGUCCCUUUCCUGCGCGCGUGCUCGCCGUCUCUGCUCCUUUGUCGUGGUCGUCGCGCGCCUGCGCGCAGCUCGCGCCCUGCUAGUCCCUGCUGCGGGUUGUCGAGCUCUCUGCGCAUGCGCAACUUGCUCUUUCGUUGUUUGUCGUGCGCACGAAAAUUCUCUGCUCGCAACGGCGUGUCAAGUUUCCGCGUCGAGCUCCUCUCGUGCGUGCCCGUCGUCGUCUCCGAGUUGAUUCUUAGCUGUCGUAGUAUUUUUAGUUAUCCCGGCUGCGUCUAUGGCCGUCAAAUCGUCAGAGUCGUUCAACUCGCCGAUCACAUCUUGGUCGGUCAUCGAUUUUCUAUUUGCCAUGAUACAACACCGUUGUUAAAUCCAGUCUCUAACCCGCCAUGGCGUUCGUCGUCCUCUAGUCCCAGUUCGACCCCACUUCACCAGCUCGCACCCGACUUCAGCUCAAAGUCGUCGUCGUUCCGUGCAUCAGCAAGAAAUCCCAAGAAUCGGGUGAAGACGAAGCUAGCAGCGCCAUAUUCCCCAAGCGCUCGACAAAUUGCCUGGAUCGAAAAAUCGCUACCGAUCUCGCGGAUUCGUGUCAGCUGUGGAAACGGUAAGCUGAUGAAGUGUUUAGAAUAG